AUGGCCCAACGUCCGGAUCCCACGUUUAUCCUUGCGAAAUGGAAACAUGGAUCGACUUGCUUCACUCGUGAAGAGGUUGCAACGGUGUGUCAUUACAUCGGGAUGUGCCUACAGAAGGCACAUGCCCCUAAGAUCGAAGCGUUAGCGUUUACGGUGAGCGCAAUUGGACAGAGCCAAGAAAAUGCCCUGGGACACUGGAAUGGGGCCUUCCAGGGGACAAAUGGGGAUAGGAUUAGGUCUCAGUUUAUGUACCUGCGGUACCUCGGAUCUUUCGACCGGUUGAUCCAGGAAUUACAGCUUCCAGAAAGUGGCACCAUGAUCGUGCCGCAAGGAGAGGAUACUACGCCUAUGGGAAGUUCGCAUACAAUGGACACAACUGGCUCUCAGGCAACACUCCAAGGUGCCUUGCGGGGAAUCACCGGAGCAGACAUGGACGCUAUGCUCGAGAGAAAGUCAGAGAUAAACGCGGGGCCUCCUCCGCAGGGACCUUCGCUGCCAAGGGCGCCUCCCCUGUCAACUCGUGUUCGACUGACUGGCCGGGAACCAGAGCCUAAGCGGGCACGAAACAUUCCUGGGAUAGGUAGUUUUGACUCACAGGAGCGGCCUCUCCCUGCAAUGGUAAAUAAGCUUAGGACUACCUUAACGUUAAAGGAGAUCUACAACCUUGCAGAGAACGGGGACCAAGCACAGAUGAAAAACUUCGGGGAAGUUUUCUAUCGAACCUCCCAAUUCGCUUACGAGUCGAAGCCCGAAUACGCGUGGAUUUACCUACGAAGGCGGCCAGAUGGAUCAUACCCUAUCAGCGAAGCCAGACUUAGGAUCAUCUUCCCAGAGUACAAGCUUGUGGAGGAGAGGCUUCGGACAGGUUCACGACAAAUCACACACCUUUCGGAACAUCAGAACCGCCGUGGUGGCCAUUGGGCUCCAAAUAACCAGAAUACGAGCAGUCCUCGCACGAACAGACCCACUGAGAACCAAACUACUGAGAACCAAAUACGCCAAUCUCAACUGGACUCGUUCCCACAAUCACAGAACCGAGCAGCUACGUUCUAUACAUCCGUGCAGAAGCCUCCGCGUGCAAAGCCUACCUCCACGCAGAAGCCUCCGCCUACAAACCCUGCCUCCACGCAGAAGCCUCCGCCUGCAAAGCCCCUGUCUGCAAGGUUAUUACAGGACUCGUUACUUACUAGUUCAGCGAACCCUCUCAAGAGAGAAUCACCAAAUCCUGGUGAUAGUCCACCGGCAUCACAGCGUGUCCGUUUGUCACUGCCAUGUAAUUCGACCUCGCCUGCACUAAGCUCAGACAGCCAAGUUCCCGAGGGGGAGUGGUAUUGGUACGAGAAGGAGAUUGGCCGUCCAAGAGAGCUAUCACUGAGACCGCCACUUCCCGCACCUGAAGAGAUCGCAAUCGAAGACUGGCCAUACCGGGAAUGGGAGUUACCGUCUGAAAUUGCCGGGGCAAUUCGCCUUCCAACUGAAGUUAGUUAUGCUGAUCUUCAACGCGCCCGUCUCGCAGCAAGCACCACUAGCUACGUGACAGGUUCCCGGCGAGUUCUACGACCCUCCCAAACUCCACAAGCAAGUCAAAUUCCAGCACCAACGUUUUCGACGACCCUCGGAUUUCCUAGGCUUCCUGCGGGCUUGCGGAAAGGCAAUGCGGACACAGUUAUGCAGGGAACCGAUGCUGAAACUGCUAUUACGAUUGAAAGUGAUAGUAGCCCUGAGCCUCAGAUGGUGAACGUCAACAGAUCCAACCAGAACCGUGGACCCGAUGAUGGGUUUCCUGCUGACAUGGACUGGGAUCCAUACUCGAACUCUCCUAAGCCGGAAAAUGAAUGA